CGCUCCGACCAAACAACCAUUAUUCCUUGAGGCACACUCAUUCAUCAACUAAUGAUGAGACCAUCAUCGGUUGCUUUCAGAUCCAAACUGGUCUAUCCAUGCAGAAAAGCACUACACUUGCUUGUCUUCAAAUGCAAGCUAAUCACUAAAAGACGAGGAAAACCGAGGCUCCUCGCUAUAAGACCACCUUCCCUACGUUCUUGCCGCGUCGGGUCGAGAAGGAUUGCUUCGGCGUUGAUUUCUGCAUUCAGCUGGGGGUCGAAGAAGAUGGUGGACCGAUCACUGACAGAUCACCUCGAGAGCAUGAUCCCUGCUGCAUCCGACGCAGGGCGUGACAGGCUGCUGCAGCUGCACUUCCCUUCACAGCUGCUCACCUCUCCUUCUUCUCACCGCUCCACGGAGAUAGCCAAAGCCUCUCCAAUAGCUGGUGCCAGCGACAACUUUCACGAAGACGCGUGCAGGAGCUUCGAGAACUACCUGGUGGAGAUGAUCGUUGAGGAAGGGAAAGUGAGGGAUCUCAUGGAUGUGGAGGAGCUUCUACACUGCUGGAAGAACCUCAAGUGCCCCGUCUUCGUCGACUUGGUGUCCAGAUUCUACGGAGAUCUGUGCGAGGAUCUCUUUUCCGCCACAGCGAGCGAUGACGGCGAAGCUGCUGCGACUCCCUGAACCCAGUAGAGAUCAUCGCGGACAUCUGUUACUUCUCUAUCAAUCUUCCGACUUAAUCCCCGAUGGAAGAUACAUACAAUUUGAUGUGAUGCAAUUUGUUUAGUUCCUUAUUGUCUAAUGUAUCAAGCCCAAUCAAACAAAUAUACACUUUGCUCUUUACUGAUA